AUGUUUAAAGUCCAAGGUCGCUGGGCACUUCGAGCACUUCGUCAGUACUCGACGAACCUUCCAAAAGAAUCCUCAACACAAACCAACCAUGCUAUUUCCAACAAGCAGCUUCUAUACCUCACAGACCCUGUCACGCCAGGUUCUAUCUUCUUCUUACCUCAUGGUACCAGAAUCUUCAACAAAUUGGUCCAGUUCAUGAAGAACCAGCAGCUCAAGUACGGUUUUCAGGAGGUCAUUACUCCGCUAAUCUACAAGACAAAGUUAUGGGAGACAUCCGGUCAUUGGGACAAUUAUAAGGAGGAUAUGUUCAAGGUGGUAGGUAAUGACUUAUCCAAAGAAGAAUUGGAGGGAGAAGACGAGCAUCUUCACGAAUAUGGAUUGAAGCCAAUGAACUGUCCCGGCCAUUGCCUUAUCUAUUCAAAGUUUGAGAGAUCCUAUAAUGAGUUGCCUAUUCGUUUAUCCGACUUUUCCUCUUUGCAUAGAAAUGAGUCCAGUGGAGCAUUAUCUGGGUUGACCAGAGUGAGAAGAUUUCAUCAGGACGACGGCCAUAUUUUCUGUGAACUUCACCAGAUCAACCAAGAAAUCACCAAUACCAUUAACCUCAUCAAGGACACCUACAACGUUUUUGGAAUCGAUAGUGUUAAGGAUGUUGACUUCUUCCUUAGUACAAGGCCCGAGAAGUAUAUGGGAGAAUCUAAAACCUGGGAUGAGGCGGAGAAACAAUUGGCUGAUGUAUUGGAUAAAGCUACUGGGGAUGGUGGCUGGUCUAUUCGUGAGGGAGAUGGUGCUUUUUAUGGCCCCAAGAUUGAUGUGCUUCUUACUGAUGCGUUCGGUAAGAAGCACCAGGUGGGCACUAUUCAAUUGGAUUUCCAGCUUCCUACAAGAUUUCAGUUGAAGUACAUCUCCCAGAAUGGUGAUCGUGACAACCAGCCCAUCAUGGUGCAUAGAGCUGUUUUCGGCUCUCUAGAAAGAUUUUUUGCCAUUUUGUUGGAUCACUAUCAGGGUAAAUGGCCAUUCUGGAUUAAUCCAAGACAAGCAGUGGUUAUUCCUGUCUCUGAUAAACAUCAUUCUGCUGCGGAGAGUAUCCGGAGACAAUUACUUGGAGACAUUGUCACUGAUGACUGUGUAGCACCUAUGACUGGCUAUAAUUUCUACGUCGAUGUUGACACCAGAAGCGAGACCGUCGGCAAUCGUAUCAAAGAUGCCAUUCACAAGGGCUACUCGUAUAUUUUGAUGGUGGGUGACAAAGACAUAGAAAAUGGCACAGUAGCGGUAAGAACGAGAGACCUGAGGAAGGUGUCGAAUAUGACGGUCAAUGAAAUCUACAAAAAAUUUGUGGAGUUAGAGAAAAACUACCAAUAG